CAUGAAACGUCCUGUUCAUAAAAAUAUUGAUAAGGAAUGCUUUUGGCACACCUUGAUAAGUUACUUUGGCCUAAACAUCGAUUGCCUCUUGUAGAAACCUAAAUGGCAGCUCAGAAAAGGAAGUCUACAUUAGUGGAGCCUUCUGCUAAACGCCCAAAGCUGGAUAAGAAUAGCAAGCCAUCAUCAGCAAAGAAGGAAAAAGAAGUGUCGGAUACAAAAAAUGUCUCAAAUAAAUCAAAGUCAAAUCGAUACGCAGUGCAGGAAAAAACAGUGCUCAAAACCUCCGUCAAAUUGAACAGUGACAACACAAGUGCACCUGAACUUGGAACACGCAUGACCACGAGAUCAUCAGCAAUCAACGCAAGUAAUAAGACAACCACUCAAAAAAAGAUCCAGCCUAAGUCUGCAAAAAGUAAGGAGAUAUGCCAGAAGAAAUCAGUGCAAGAAAUUCCGAAGUCAAAAUGCAUAGUUGCACCAAAUGAGCCGGUAAUGAGGAGAUCGCAGAGACUGCAGCAGUUAACACAAGUACCAGCAAGAUCCCUACGUAAUAGAGAAGUCAAAGAAGAAAAAGCUUUGGAAGUUAAACAAAGCAGCCAGACAAAAAGACAUGUUUCCAGUAGUACAGCAAAACUACUUAAACCUGCUAAAGAGAAAACGGAACAGAAAAACAUGAAAAUAAAGCCAAGCAGUAAAAGUGAAGAUAAAGAAAUAAGUAUAGAAGUAACCAGCUCUCUGAAAGAGAAAAGAUGUAAAGCAGAUAAUAAAAAUGAAGAUUUCGGCAACUGUCAAAAUAACCUUCAUGGAACACCGUUGUCUCCUGAUCACAGCCUUGAGGAAGCUAAGGCAGAGCAAACAGAUCUUGUAUCUCCAAUUUCCAGCAAUGAAAAGAAAGUGGAAACAGAUUCGCUUAAGCCAAACACUAAAUCAGUAAUUAAAAAAAAACAGCAAGCGCAUCAGAAUGUGAAAAACGGUACAAAAACAAAAAAGGUUCCAGAGUCAUCUGUAAGUGAAGCAGAGCUAGCAGAUCAACCGGAGAGUGAUGUGAAAUCCAAGAGGGUAAGCAUUCUUGAACUUUGCGAAGAAAUUGCAGGUGAGAUUGAAUCAGAUACAGUAGAGGUGAAAAAAGAUUCCCCAAAUGCUGAGGACAGAAAAACAGAAGAAAAGCAUGAAGAAGAACUGCAACAAAAUGAAAUGCCUGGUCAGAAAGAACCUAGUCAGAAUACACAAUGCAAACGUUUUUUCCCUAGCAAAAAAGUAAUGCCUGUCAAAUGUACUCUGAAUGGUAGAAAUAGCUCCUCGAACAAAAACUCUAAAUGGACCAAAAUUAAGUUAAUGAAAGCUAAUAACGUGAAGCAAAGUAACUUAAAUUCCAAAAAUGUCCCCAAGCUUUCUUUGUUAAAAGAUUGUCCUGAAGUUUCAGAGGCAAAUCAGAUUACAGAAGCACAACUUUCUAACGCACAAAACAAGUUGUCAGUAAUAAGACUAUCUGAGAAUGAAAGCACAGCCUGUGUGCAGGAGAAAUCAGACACUUCAUCUGAAAAAGCUGGAACUAAAGAAGUGACAUUAGAAAUAAAACAAUCCACAAAGAGCGGCGUGGAAAAUGGCUUGUUGCGUAAUUUGGCAAAGUCUUUCGCUGAGCCAACCCCAGAUGAGAGCUUUAGCUUGCGUUUGGAGUCAAGUCCAGAAAACUCUCCGGUGAAGUAUCUUACAGCUCCUAAACCACCGAAACAUUUAAAAAAAGAAUCUGGAGAAAGUGAACUUCAAGGUUUGGCUCCCAAGCAGUUGACGCACACUUCACUUACAAACCGAACUUCUGAGACUGAGAACAGGGUUCCUUUAUCAAAUCCUUCAUUAGCAUCUAAGUGCAGUAACUUUCUACCGUCUGAGGAACAUAUUCAAAAGCUAAAAGAAGCAGGAAAAGAUGGUGAUAAGCAACUGAUAAUAGAUGCAGGACAGAAGAGAUUUGGUGCUAUUUCCUGUAAUAUUUGUGGAAUGCUUUACACUGCAUCAAAUCCAGAGGAUGAGACCCAGCAUCUGCUUUUUCACAACCAAUUCAUAAGUGCUGUAAAAUAUGUGGGGUGGAAAAAGGAGAGAAUUUUGGCCGAAUACCCUGAUGGGAAGAUAAUAAUGGUUCUUCCUGAUGACCCAAAGUAUGCACUUAAAAAGGUUGAAGAGAUCAGAGAGAUGGUAGACAAUGACCUGGGUUUCCAGCAAGCUCCGCUCAUGUGUUGCUCUAGAACUAAAACUCUUCUUUUCAUUUCUAACGACAAAAAAGUUAUUGGCUGUUUAAUUGCCGAACACAUCCAGUGGGGCUACCGCGUGAUCGAGGAGAAGGUCCCCGAGGUGAGCUCCGAGAGGGAGAAGGUCAUCUGCGAGCGGCAGAAGGCCUGGUGCUGCUCCACGGCCCCCGAGCCGGCCAUCUGCGGCAUCAGCCGCAUCUGGGUGUUCAGCAUGAUGCGGCGGCGCAGAAUCGCCUCCCGCAUGAUCGAGUGUCUCAGGAGCAACUUCAUCUAUGGCUCGUACCUAAGUAAGGAGGAGAUCGCCUUCUCGGACCCUACCCCCGACGGCAAGCUCUUCGCCACGCAGUACUGCGGCACGGGCCGCUUCCUGGUGUACAACUUCCUCAACGGGCAGCACCACAGCUGA